AUGGAGUGGAUCGAAAGACCCCUGUCCUGGCUGCUCGCCAACCGCAAGGGCCAUGACGCGGGCCUCAUCCAGCAUACCCCUCCUUUCACAGAGCAUCCCGAACCAUCGGUCACUGUUCAAUGCCCAGAUAUCGGACCAUCCGGCUCGCAGAUCCCAGUCAAAUACAGCUUUUUUGGAGACAACCUCUUCCCGACCCUCCAAUGGUCCGCGCCGCCAGCCAUCGCCAGCAACAUCCAAGAGUGGCUUCUCGUUGUUGAAGAUCCAGAUGCACCACUCGCUGAGCCGGUUGUGCAUGGUCUGUACUACGGUAUCCCUGCUAGCAAGUGCAGUGUAUCAAAUGAGGACUUUAAGCCCACCGCUGCGGGAAGUCAUGUCCUCAGGGGCGGGUUCAAGUAUGGGGCGAAUCGUCGGGGAACGAUCUACAUCCCUCCGCGGGGAAUGCUGGGCCAUGGACCGCAUCGGUACUUCUUCCAGGUGAUUGGGUUGUUGGAGCCGUUGGUUGUGAGUAAGUUGGGUGCUGUGGUUACCAAGGCGGAGAUUGUAGGUUUGAUUGAGGGAAGAGUUGCGGCAUGGGGGCAGUGGAUGGGGGUUUGGGAGAGGAAGUAA